AUUAGCAUUUUCCAAACGCAUGGUGUUCUCAAUCCAGCCUUUUGGUUUGCUAAAAAACACAAUAUUUUAAUUCAUUUCCACCCAUUUUGUACACAUUUUUGUGUACCACCACAACCGAAGCUUGAUGUUCAGGCCACACCUGAAGAUGGUCAUCUUUGGACCUGGUGCUGCUUAUGCCGCUUACACCGCCGGCUGAGCCUUCAUGACCUGGAAUCGAAAAUGAACUGGGGGACCUUUUAUGCCGUGAUCAGCGGCGUAAACAGGCAUUCUACUGGCAUCGGACGCAUUUGGCUCUCUGUCAUCUUCAUCUUCCGUAUCCUCGUCCUGGUGGUGGCUGCUGAGAGUGUCUGGGGAGAUGAGAAGUCCGGCUUCACCUGCAACACCCAGCAGCCUGGAUGCAACAGUGUGUGCUAUGACCAGUUCUUCCCCAUCUCUCACAUCCGCCUGUGGGCGUUACAGCUCAUCCUAGUUUCCACCCCUGCGCUGCUGGUGGCCAUGCAUGUGGCCCACCGACGUCACAUUGACAAGAAGAUCCUGAAGAGGACGGGCCGCAGCAGCCCUAAAGAGCUGGAACACAUCAAGAACCAGAAGUUCCAGAUCACUGGAGCUCUGUGGUGGACAUAUAUGAUCAGUAUCCUGUUCAGAAUAAUAUUCGAGGUGGCUUUUCUCUACAUCUUCUACUUGAUCUAUCCUGACUUUAAGAUGGUGCGUUUGGUGAAGUGUGACUCAUACCCUUGCCCCAACACAGUGGACUGUUUUGUCUCCAGACCCACAGAGAAGACCAUAUUCACUGUGUUCAUGCUGGCAGUAUCUGGGGUGUGUGUACUACUCAACUUGGCUGAGGUGAUAUACCUCAUAGGCAGGGCCUGCAUACGGUGCUUACAUGGCUCUGAAGAAGAGUCCAAAGUGGCUUGGAUAAGUCAAAAAUUGUCCUCGUAUAAGCAAAAUGAAAUCAAUCAGCUGAUAGCAGACCAUUCUCUCAAGUCUAAGUUCACAGUGACUAAAAAGAGCCCGGUUGACAGGGGUGAGAGGUGUUCGGCUUUCUAAAGACACUACCCUUCCUUCUCCAGUGAAACUAAUCAACAAUAAUGUCCAUGGAGCAUGCUGUCAUAGUGCAUUAAUGUUACAUAUACUGUAUAUUGGCUCAUUUUCAUUAUACUCAUUUAGACUCUUCAUAUGCGUGUUGUAUCAUUCAGUCAGCUGUUUGUUGAUUCAUCCAUUUUUACAUUUAUUCUACUGACACAGGCAUUAGUUGCUGUUGGAACUUGUCUAAAUGAUUUGGAGCCCGUAGUGUAGGUUAAAGAAAGAAAGACUCCUGCACAAACUGAAAUGCUGGAUAGGAAGGUUAACUUUCAUUUUGAUCAAAAACAUUGCCAGUAUGUCUCAUUAUCUAAUUCUAAUCUGAGUCAAAGGUGGUGCUAAGCAAAAGAGAAAGAAGUACUUAUUUGAGUAAAUAUCUUUCCGAAAUAGUCCUGUAAGACUACAAUAGCAACCUUUUUUCCUUUUUCUUUCUUGGUGGACAGUGUAACUCUUAUGUAACUUUAUUAACAUGCUGCUGCUGAAAUAUAGCAAUUCAUUCUAAUGGGAAACAAAAGAAAACUAGUAAAAUGUUAUCCCAACAAGGACAACUUAACCUAGAUAUUAUAGUGUUACAAAUAAACGGAAAUUAAAUAUAAGCAAAACUAUCUCUCAGACAUUUUUGUUACCACUGAACACUUAGCAACAUAAAAUACAAUACCCAAAACAGUGUGACUUCAGCUGGAAAUGUUGGUGAACCUUGUGCAAACGUAUUCUGGAUUCUUUCCAGGUCUAAUUCAACUAACAAAAAUGGCAGUAUUGUUGGAGAUGCCACAUGAUGUUCCUCCACUGAAUAGGCAAAAUUAGAAGAAUUCAUUCAUUCCUACUCCCUUUUGUCUGCUGGGUCACUCUCAGCAUUUUGCAGAUCCCAGCCUCAAGUACUGUACAUAUUUCAUCCUCGAGCAAAAAAAAAAAAGUUUUUGUAUUUCUUUGACUUCAUUUGUAAAAGUAUUAACUCCCCUGCCGUGUCUGUUUGAGGUUAUCUUCAUGUUGGUUCUGAGAAAUGUUUGAGGUACUUUUUAGUAGAGACCCAUCACUGUCAGAAAGCUAACUUUUAUACCUGCCUCCGUAUAUAUUACAGUGCAUAUUCCAUAUAUGUGUAGCUCUGUGCUGACUAGAUGUAAUGUCACAUAGGGUGGCGUCUUUAACACAGUUGUUCUGAAAUUAACUUGUAUUUCAUUUCAUUUUUAGAACAUAUAUAUAUAAAAACUGUUAUGUAAAAAAUGUGCAUAUAUCAGAUUAUAUCAGGUAAACAAUCCACUUAAAAUGUAAAAAUGGGUUACAACUGUAUAUAUGUACAUUAUUUAAUAAUAAGAAAUAAACUUGCAGUUAAUUUGA